CGCACCAACCUAUAAAUGACAGACUGUGACUGCUGCAUUACUAAAGCUGUAUUCUACAUUGGCCUACUGUUCGUGCUACAGUGCCUGAUCAAGUUCGCUUACUUCAUAAACAGGAACUUCGUAAGGAAGGGCCAUGACGUUCAUGAACGGUAUGGAAAGGAUUCUUGGAUCGCUGUUACAGGAGCUACUUCGGGAAUUGGUAAAGAAUUAUGUCUCCAUGCUGCAAAAGAGAAAGGGCUUAAUGUAGUCAUUAUUGGAAGAAACCCUGAGAAGCUCAAGGCUACUGAAGCUGAAGUGAAGAAGGCUAACCCAAAGAUCAAGACCAAGACUUAUAGAUUUGAUUUCAAUGAUUCAACUUCUAUUGAUGAAUACCAAAAGCUAUCUGAUGACUUGAAAGAUUUGGAUAUUUCCAUUUUUGUGAACAAUGCUGGUCUUAUGCCUCUGCAUUAUUGGAAGGAUUUCCCACUCGAGGCUAUUAAGGAGAUUACUGAGACUAAUAUUCAUGGGCUUUCCCUACUCACAAAGAUCUUUACUGAGAGAUUCUAUGGAAGAGACAAGAGAAGUGCUAUUGUGAACGUAGCAAGCACAGCAGGAUACGCACCAAUUCCUCUGAAUUGCCAUUAUGGAGGAUCCAAGGCUUAUGUCAGAAGCUUCACUAAAGCUGUUGGGCAUGAGGUUAGCGAUAAGAUUGAUGUACUGUGCUUCUCUCCUGGAUACGUUGAUACUGCUUUAUCUCGUAAUGCCAAAGGAUACAAUGUAGCUUCUCCAGAACAAUGUAGUCAUGCUAUUUUCAGAGAUCUAGGAUAUGAAAGAGAGACUCAACCAAACAUCGUCCAAGAGAACGAGACCUUCUCCUUCGCUAUCAUGUUGUUCAUCUCUGAAUGGAUGACUAUGAGCGUGGCUGGAUUCCUGUUCAAGCAGGACUUUGUGAGGUUUGAGAAAAUAGAUGCAGAGAAGAAGAAUGAUUAAGUUAGUUCAGUUAAAAGGUGAUCAAUGCUUG